GCUUCACUCUUUUUGCAAAACAUUACACACAGUGAUUUGUAAAACUCUACACACAUUUCGACAGCUUAGACACAGAUAAGGAUUGUGAGGUUACUUCCUUGUCAUUACAAAGCCCCAGAUUGCCAAUGACCACACUAAUGAACUAACUGGAUAAGCACAUCCACAAGGUGUGGAAGCACACAUGUGCUAAUUAGAAAACGCAGCACUCAGGUGUGCUAUAAAAGGCAGCAGGUGAGUUCACCUGUAUUCAUCAAAAAUGGAAGGAGCUAGAAGAAGAGUGAGAAUGAGAGGGGGAGCUCAAAGAGGAGAAGAAGAAGGUAGAGGAAGAGGCCUAGGUAGAGGAAGAGGAGAAGGAGGAGAUAGAGGAAGAGGCCUAGGUAGAGGAAGAGGAGAAGGAGGAGAUAGAGGAAGAGGCCUAGGUAGAGGAAGAGGAGAAGGAGGAGAUAGAGGAAGAGGCCUAGGUAGAGGAAGAGGAGAAGGAGGAGAUAGAGGAAGAGGCCUAGGUAGAGGAAGAGGAGAAGAAGAAGGUAGAGGAAGAGGCCUAGGUAGAGGAAGAGGAGAAGGAGGAGAUAGAGGAAGAGGCCUAGGUAGAGGAAGAGGUAGAGAAGAACUUGAAGAGUUGACAGAACCUGAACAAAGAAGACGAGGACCAAAUUUGACUCAAGAAAUCCGUGCAACACUUAUUGACCAUGUUCUCAACCAUGGACUGACACUGAUGGAAGCUGGACAAAGAGUUCAACCAAAUCUCAGCAGAAAUACUGUUGCGUCAGUAAUUCGGACAUUUCAUCGAGAAAACAGGAUUGAGGGUCGAGGACACCAAGGUGGAAGGGGCCCUAUGUUCACCCGUGCACAAGAGGCCGCCAUAGUGAACAUGGUUGUGGCCAAUAAUUGUAUCAGGCUGCGAGAAAUCCAAGCCAAUAUCAUCAACAAUGACCGUAUUUUCAAUAACAUCCACCGAGUCUCUCUGUCAACAUUAGCUCGAAUCCUCAAGAAAAAGCAAGUACACAUGAAGCAACUAUAUCGGGUACCAUUUGACAGAAAUUCAGAGAGAGUGAAACAUCUGCGCUCUGAAUAUGUGGAGAGAGUCUUGCAAAUGGAUGCAGAACAAAUUCAGCAUGAAUUUAUAUAUGUGGAUGAGGCUGGAUUUAACCUUGCAAAAACACGAAGACGAGGGAGAAAUGUAAUUGGACACAGGGCAAUCACCAAUGUGCCAGGGCAGCGAGGGGGUAACAUCACCCUCUGCGCUGCUAUCACACAAAAUGGGGUCCUCCACCACCAUGCAAAUCUGGGACCCUAUAAUGCAAAUCUAAUACUUGCAUUUCUUGACAGAUUGCACGAGAUUGUCACAGCAUUACACAAAGUGGACCAGAUGCGGUACAUUGUCGUUUGGGACAAUGUCUCAUUCCAUCGGGCUGCUCUGGUCCAGAAUUGGUUCCAUGGUCACCCUGAUUUUGAAGUGUUAUACCUUCUCCCAUACUCCCCCUUCCUGAAUCCAAUCGAAGAGUUUUUUUCAGCGUGGCGGUGGAAGGUAUACGACCUGCGGCCCUAUGACCGUUUGCCCCUCAUUCAGGCCAUGGAGCAGGCAUGUGAUCAAAUCGACGCAGCUUCUGUGCAGGGGUGGAUUCGUCACUCAAGGCGAUUCUUCCAACGGUGCCUUGCCAAUGAAGACAUAGCCUGUGAUGUGGAUGAAAUCUUAUGGCCUGAUCCAGCCAGACGGAGAGAUGAGGAAUAGUUACAGUAUUUGUGUUGCUUUUUUUUUCCAGAGUCAAACUGUAUGUACUUCAGGCAGUAAUUUUUAUUUGUCUACAGAUUUUAUUUGUUUCAUUGAUUUCAUUGUUGGUUGAUUACUGUAACUGAUUAUGGUAAGAAAUACUGUAUUUCUUGAAUUGAAAUAAAUACCGGUACUUGAAAUA